CCGAGUCUGCGUGAAAUACUCUGGGACGCUCAAGCCACCUGCUAUAUGUGUAUUCUGCUUUCCUAGCCAGAUUACUCCACGACAUGAAUACUAUUCUAACUUCCUACGUCGGUCAAAACCAAUUGUUUAACUAUGCAGCAGUUGCUGGCGCCGCUCUUUUGGCCUAUGACUAUUUUUUAACUUUAGAUGCAGAGAUCGACUUCGUUUGGCACUCUAGAUGGAGCUUUGCCAAAAUGCUAUUCUUCAUCCUUAGGUAUUCUGCUUUCUUGGGAUCGGGUGCUAACAUGACGAUGUCAUACAUUAGUACACUUUUUCAAGACCAUCUCUGUGGCAGCUUCGACUCUGCCUCUAAGGUUCUAAUGAUGAUAACCGUCUUCGUUUCAGAAUUGGUAAUGGUCAUACGAGUAUGCGCGUUGUACAACGGAUCUCGUCAAGUGCUUGUUUUCCUCAUUGCACUCACCAUGUGUGCAACAGCAUCAACUAUAACAAUCAGUGUGAUGUCUCAAAACCAUAGGACAUGGGUUGAAUCACCUAUUCCACGACUAGGAACGUGCAUUCAUUUGAGUACGAACGUGACCCAAACUGUUAAUUUCUACGCUGUAUUUGUAGUGCUUAUGAUUUUCCAAUUCGUGCUCAUCAUUCUAACCAUAUGGAAAGGGGUAUCUCAGUCUAAUGGACAGUAGAAGCCAUUUAGUCACAAUUUUCUAUCGUGAUGGAGCUUUGUACUUUGUCUGUUUAUUCUUGCUGUCACUGGCGAACUGUCUUACGAUUGCAGUGCAGAAGACUUCAUUCGUUUACUUAGAAGAAAUUCAGCGAGUAUUUCAUUCUAUCCUUUCGACAAGGAUGAUGAUAAAUCUGCGAGAGGCAAGCCGCCGCAACGCCCAGCUAACAACUUCAGAACACGAAAUC